UACCCGCGGUGCCCCAGAGGCCUACUCUACGCCGCUAGCGCCACUGUGCCUCCCCACUUCACGAGGCGCGCCAUAGCCAUGCCGUAGCAUAGCAUAGAGUAGGCAGCGAGGGUGACCGAGCUCAAGCUCACGCUGCGUGCCCAUCCCGGCCUCCUGGCCUGCCGCUCCGUAUAAGAGCCACCACUCGCCAGCCAGGGUUCUUCGGAGAAACUCCACCGCACUCGCCAGCCAUACUGUGAAGCGAGCUAGCGAGAGAGGGAGAGGGAGAGGCGGCGUCAUGCAAAUGCUGCCGGAGGCGAGGGGGCACCACCGGAGCGGCGGCGGCGUCGGAGGCGGCGGUGCCGGGGCGGGAGGGAGGGCGGACGCGGCGGCGCAGGGGCACUACCGCGGGGUGCGGAAGCGGCCGUGGGGCCGGUACGCGGCGGAGAUCCGCGACCCGUGGAAGAAGACGCGGGUGUGGCUCGGCACCUACGACACCGCCGUCGACGCCGCGCUCGCCUACGACCGCGCCGCCGUCGCGCUGCGCGGGCCCAAGGCCAGGACCAACUUCGCCGGCGGCCACCUCGCCCCGCACCAGCAGCAGCAGCAGGCGUGCCUCCUGGGUCCCCGGCCGCCGGCGCGGCCCUUCGGCGGCCGCCUCGACGUCGCCCACCCGUCCCCCUGGCACUUCGUCUACUUCCCGUCCAGGCUGCAGGAGUUCCUCGCGCAGCCGCUGCCGGCGCAUGACGGGAGGAGGGACGCCGCCCCGUCGCUGCCGUCCACGGUGCUGGAGCUCCGGACGGGGCCCAGCAGCUGCCCCCAGUUCGACCUCAACGAGCCGCCGUCACUGAUGUUUGGGUCGUGAUCUCUUUCGCCGCGCAACGGUGUAGAGCUCCAGCUUCCAAGUGUAGGAUCAUGGUAGGUACUACGUACGUAGUGAGUAUGUAGAGGUAAGUUAGCGGGGUGGAGGAGAAGACUCGUCCGUGUGCUGUGUACAUAUACUGCUCUGCCAUUUUAGCAAAAUUUCACCUUGUGUCGC